CACAACAGCACUGUUUUGACAGUGAUUUGUUGAGGUUUGCCAUUACUAUACAAUUACUGUAUAAUUAACGGCCAAUGAUUAGCACACAAUCAGUGACUCAGUGACCACACUAUCUUACAUGAUAUCUAACUCAUCAGUGUAUUAGUGAUACUGUAAUGAGAUUGUGAUUUAGAGAUAGAGAUAGUGUUGCUGUCAGUGAACUAAUGGCACAUAUGUUGACUCCAGACAAACAGUGGGUUGAUUGGUGUCCAGCACUUGCGCUCACAGUCACAGUGAUACUGCUGCUACCGGUGCCCACUAUAGUGUGUCAGUCACCACAACCAUCGGGUUUGUGGCCAACCACCACAUGUAUGGCCAGUGGUACGGGUGCGUGCGAUGGUGGCGGUGGUGGUGAUGGCAGUGGCAGUGGUGGUGAUAGCAGUGGCAGUGGUGGUGAUGUCUGGAGUUGUGCUGAAUUGGAUUACUGCGACGAUGUGUUGGGCUUUGAGGCGAUCUCAUGGCUGCACCGGCAGUUGGACGACGACGGCGAUGGCGAUGUGGAUGUGGUUGAGAGCAAUGAGGUAUUGCAUGGAUUGUGUGGUGGAGUGUUCUUGAGAGACGAGUUGAAGUACGAGAACGGAUACGAGACCAGACAGAAGGCAUUCCACGGCAACGACAAACACAUUACUGUCGACGAGUUGUGGAGGGCGUGGAAGUCUUCGACGGUGAGGAACUGGACGGUCGACGACACGAGGGAGUGGUUGUGCGAUGUGGUAGAGUUGCCUCAAUAUGUGGACACGUUUGCCAACAAUGCUGUGGACGGACUGGCUCUGCCCAGACUGGCCGCCAAUACACAGUUUAUGGCGAUUCUUGGUAUCAAUAAUCCAAUUCAUAAGCAAAAGCUGGCGUUGAAGGCGAUGGAUGUGGUGUUGUUCGGAGCGCCCAAACACCACAACUAUCUGAAAGAUGUUUUGCUCAUAUGUUCACUGCUUAUAGCUAUAGUAGGCGUUUGGUUCGCAUACGUUCAGCACAAGUACUCGCAGUCGCACCUCAAGAAAAUGAUGGCAGAUAUGGAUAGCUUGCAGAGAGCCGAAGAGCAACUCAUGGGACUGCAGACAGAGCUCGACCUCACGCGACAACAGCAGCAGAUGGUUGUCAAGGAAAAAGUGAAUUUGGAGAAGAAGUUGAAGGAAAAUGAGUCUCAAAUCGAAAGGUCUGCCUCUUAUACGGCACUGUCAGAGGUGUGGCGUAUAUCUGAACUCGAAGACCAGUUAAAGCGAGUGAACGAAGAGCUGCGGAGAGCGCAGAACGCAGGCGUGUCGUCGUCCAGAUGGGCGCCUCCCGUGUCGUUACAACAGUGGCUUCAAUUGACACACGAGCUCGAGAUCCGCUCUUUUAAUGCCAAACGUUGUGCCGCAGAGUUGCAGUUAUACGCCGCCAAAGAGGGGUGCGACAAACUGCGUAAGAAGAGGGCCUCCCUGUUGGGUGCGUUUCGUGUGGCGCACGGGAACUCCAUUGACGACGUGGACAAUCGCAUCCUCGAGGCCAAGACAGCCCUUUCCGAAGUGACUAAAGAUCUACAGGAAAGAGUGAAGCGCUGGCAACACAUCGAGAUGUACUGCGGCUUCUCCAUUGUGCACAACCCCGGUAUUGCAUACUUAGAACAGGCUCUGUAUGGCUCCCCCGUCACCACUCCUGUUCCCAUUGGCCUCUCACACGCUGGCAGUGAGACUACUAUUGUUGACGACGACUCUCUCCACUUACGCGGCUACUCAAUGGUUAGCUUAAAUGAUGAGGACAUGAUUGGUGAGGACGAAGAGACAGACAAUGAGUGCAAUCCUAGUGACAGCAGUAGUAUGAAAGAGGACCUCAAACAACAACUCUCUGUAUCUGUAUCUAUGGGUCGACCAAAAAUGGUUAAGAGUUAUAGUGAAGACCAAGACUCGAGCCAUAGAUCUCAAUGUGGAGGAGAGUUGCCACUCAUAUGUCACUCGGAGUCGUGUAGUGAACUGCAAACUCUGCAAACAUUACCACCGCUAACAAGUGUUUCCAAUGGUUCCAGUGAUUACCAUCUAAUCAAUAAUAAUAAUAAUACUAAUGAAAAGACCAGUGAGACUAUGGAUGCAAAGGGUGCCAACGGUGCCAAUAAAGGUUUAGCCCAACAGACAAACACUUGUGGGGACAGAGAGGACAGAGAGGACAGACGCGUGGAAAAGAAGCGCACAUUCUUUGGACUCAGAAAACGUAAAAACUCGAGACAUUGA